AUGUCGUCCGCCGACAAGACCAGACAGUCCUCUGGCGGGAAGGGCGGCUUCUUUUCUAGGAGUAAACACAGGAGCGAUAAGAGACACACCGGCAGCGAAGAGAGCCGAUUCCUUGCUACGGAGCACGAUUCGUCAUCGCGAGCAUCUCGACAUACUAGAGAUUCGUCGAUAAUAUCCCUCGACCGACCGAGCUCCCCCGAAUCCGGCGUAAACAUCAACGCCGGCAUCAUUACGUCUAUCCCUUACGACACUACGCAUGCGGACCAGCGAAGUCCGAUACCUGUCGAAUAUCUUCCUCGGGACCAGGCGUCCUCACGCCGGGACCCUCUGCCGCAUCAGUUAAACAAAUCGACCAGCGACUUCCACCAGUAUCCAACCUUCGACGCGAGCACCGUUACCAAUGUUACCGGAUCCCAUCUCUCGACCGGCCAGCGUCCCCCUCCCGGCGCGGCCAACAUCACCAUGGCAUCCACGGGUCGCCAGACCCAAUUCUAUCAAUGGGGCCCCGCCUCCGCUGGAUCGACGCCUCGCGGAAGCACCGCUUCUUCUCUGCUCACGGCCGGCUACGGCGAGAGGUGGGACUCCCUACCCGGUUACGGCGCGCCAGGCCACGGCAGAACGUCUCGACAGAGCGACCAGUCCAGCGUCUUUUCAGGUAAUGGAGUACCCCCCAGCUAUGCCACACUCAAGCGCUCAUCCAGAAUAGCACUCCCCAGUGCAACAUCCCAGAGUUCCAUCGCCUCGCAGCUCUCAAGUAGAGACUCUCAACAUCGUUUAACCAAACUUCCAGGCCCCGGAUUGCAAGCGCCCGCCGACGGAUUCUCUCUCACCAGACCGGACGAUGAUAGGGUUACCGAGCAGAUGUUUUAUGAGUUGAUGAAGAAGCGAGGGUGGCACAACCUCCCGGAACAGGCCCGCCGGCAGAUGCAGGCCUACCCAUCGUCGAAAAAAUGGACGCUCAUAUAUCAGGAUCGCCUGGCAGAGUGGCAGGGUGACCAAAAGAGGAGGCAGGCGGGGAAGUCAGGGGUCUAUCAGCACGACGAUGUAGCUCAAUCUUCUGACGAAGAAGGUUCCCCUGAGUGGUACGUUCGGAAGGUAAUGGAUAAUACCCUGGAUCCGAAGGGCCUCGGUAGCCUCGAGGUCAACCUGAGAACGCAGCAAAUCGGCUGGGUUAAGCGCUUCAUCGAAUGCCAAGGACAGGUGGCUCUCACCAACGUCUUGCUGAAGAUGAACCGGAAGAGCGCAGUAGGUCCUACGACUCCGGCUGACGUAAAGGCGAGCGAUAAGAAUCUGGACAAGGAGUACGACAUCUUGAAGUGCCUGAAGGCCUUGCUGAAUAACAAGUAUGGUGCCGAUGACGCGCUUGCGCACCAGCAGGUGGUCGUGGCCCUCGUCACGUCGCUCAUAUCGCCGCGACUCACGACGCGGAAGCUCGUCAGCGACGUCCUAUCCUUCUUAUGCCAUUGGGAUGGCGGUCAAGGCCACCUCAAGGUCAUCCAGGCUAUGGACGUAGUCAAGAGCCAGCAGAAUGAGAAUGGCCGGUUUGAUGCGUGGAUGCGGCUCGUCGAGGUCACGGUCGAUGGGCGAGGAAAGAUGGGUAGUCUGGUUGGAGCCAGCGACGAAGUGCGCAGUGGUGGUAUUGGCAUGGAGAACCUCCUUAUGGAAUAUGCAGUUGCCACGCUCAUCCUCGUCAACUCCAUCAUCGAUGCGCCCGAAAAUGAUCUCCAGCUGCGCAUGCACAUCCGAGCGCAGUUCGGCGCCUGCGGGAUCAAGCGGAUCCUCACCAAGAUGGAGGCGUUCCAGUACGACCUCAUCGACAAGCAGAUCGAGCGCUUCCGCACCAACGAAGCUAUUGACUACGAGGAUAUGCUCGAGCGCGAGAACAGCAGCGUCAAGGAUAGUGUCGACGGCGAGGUUAAGGAUCUGAACGACCCAUCUCAGAUUGUCGAUGCGAUUCAACAGCGAUUGCAGGGCUCCAAGACUCACGACUACUUCGUAUCGGCGUUGCAACAUCUGCUCUUGAUCCGAGACAACGAUGGAGAAGAACGGCUGCGCAUGUUCCAGCUUGUCGAUUCGAUGCUCAGCUAUGUGGCCAUGGACCGACGCCUGCCCAACAUGGACUUGAAGCAAAGCCUGAAUUUCACCGUGCAAAGCCUUCUAGACAAGCUGCACACCGAUUCGGAGGCCCGGCAGGCUCUGGACGAAGCGUUGGAGGCUCGGCAGAUUGCCGAUGCUGCCAUGGCAGAGAGGGACGAGGUGAAAGCUCAGUUGGAACUGGGUGCGGACGGACUCGUCGCUAAGCUUCAGAGGCAGCUGGACGAACAAGCUCGCUUUAUCGAGGCACAGAAGCGGCAGGCCGAUGGUCUCAAGGCCGAGAUCGAGAACAUGCAGACGAUCCGUGCCAAAGAGGCUCAGCGGUACGAGCUGGAGACGAGAGAAUUGUAUCUCAUGCUCAGGGAUGCCCAAGAUGUCGCUGCCUCGCAGGCCGUCAAGGGCGGUGCCGGGAGCAAGAUUGCCGACGAAGACCCUGCUCGGAUGCAAGGCAUCUUGGAUCGCGAAAGGCUUAUGGACCGACUCGCGAUGCAGCUCGAGCGGCAGAAGACCCAGUACAAACUUGAAGGAAGGGUCUGGGGCGAGGCUGUCGGCCCCUCGGAUCGGUUGCGCGCACUGCGCGAAGAGAUGGAUGGCUACCCAGAUACCUAUUCCGGUGCGCCAGAUGGCCAAGGAUUAUCCCCGCACGGUAUGGCCAACGGCAUGCUCGGGAUUGUCAACCGGCAGACCAGGCUUUCGAGGAAGCCUGUCAACGUGUCAGGAGAGCCAGUCUCCGGCGACGAAGGUACCACCACUGAGGGUGAAGAUGUUGUCUACGAGAAACCUCGGGUGGUCGAAAUUCGGAGACCCGUUAUGGACCCCAAGCAGGCCGCCAGCCUGCUCAGCGAGAUCCAGGCGAAAGGGAGGAGGGAGGAUGCCAGCGACUCCGAGGAGGGCGAGGGUGCUACCACUGGCCCGUCACACCCCAGCCUCGAAUCGCAAUCCCCCAUUACCCCCAGCGAAAUGGAGCCACCCAAGAUUCAAGUUAGCGAUACGACUGUUUCGCCUCCGCUUCCGCCGCCGCCGCCGCCGCCGCCACCACCUCCUCCGAUGCCAGGGCAGCUUCCGGGUGCUCCUCCGCCGCCCCCUCCUCCACCCCCGAUGCCAGGUCAACUUCCAGGUGCCCCGCCGCCGCCGCCGCCGCCGCCGCCGCCACCUCCGCCUCCCCCAAUGCCGGGAAUGCCGUCAGCAGGGGGCCCUCCUCCACCUCCACCUCCGCCACCUAUGCCUGGAGUUCCCGGGGGCAUGCCCCCCCCGCCCCCGCCCAUGCCGGGCGCUAUGUCUGGUCACUUCUUGUCGGCGCAAAAUGGGUUUACCCCAUCGCCCUCUAUGGGUCUGCCCGUCGUGAGGCCGAAAAAGAAACUCAAGGCUCUUCACUGGGACAAGGUUGAUACUCCCGAAACAAGCCACUGGGCGGCACAUGCGCCUUCGGCAGAAGAAAGAGAAGAGAAGUAUGCCGAGCUCAGCAGGAAGGGUAUCCUCGAUGAAGUUGAGAAGUUGUUCUUGGCAAAGGAGAUCAAGAAGAUUGGGGUUGGAGCCUCUAAGAAGGAUGACAAGAAGCAAAUCAUCUCUAGCGAUCUUCGGAAAGCUUAUGAAAUUGCUUUUGCCAAAUUUUCACACUACUCCGUAGAGAAGGUUACCCAGAUGAUCAUACACUGCGACAAGGAAGUACUUGACAAUCCCGUGGUCAUGGAUUUCCUACAAAGGGAGGAUCUGUGCAACAUUUCGGACAAUACAUCGAAGCUCAUGGCACCAUACAGCAAGGAUUGGACUGGUCCAGAGGCCAAUAAGGAGAACCGGGAACAAGAUCCGAGUGAGCUCACUCGGCAAGAUCAGAUCUUCCUGCUCACCGCAUUUGAGCUGCACCACUACUGGAAGAGCCGGAUGCGAGCAUUGGCUUUGACGAAGAGCUACGAGGCCGACUAUGACGAGAUUCACGAAAAGAUUCGACAAGUCGUCUCGGUGUCCGAAUCGCUGCGGGAUUCCGUGUCCCUGAUGAAUGUUCUCGGAUUGAUCUUGGAUAUCGGUAACUACAUGAACGACGCAAACAAGCAAGCACGGGGUUUCAAACUGAGCUCACUUGCCCGCUUGGGGAUGGUGAAAGACGACAAGAACGAGUCGACAUUAGCAGACCUCGUCGAGCGUAUCGUGCGCAACCAGUACCCGGAGUGGGAGGGGUUCGCCAACGACAUCCAGCCUGUCAUUGCCGCCCAGAAAAUCAACAUCGAGCAAUUGCAGACCGAUGCUAAGAAAUACAUCGACAACGUACGCAACAUACAGACGUCACUGGACAGCGGCAACCUCAGCGAUCCUAAGAAGUUCCAUCCCCAGGACCGCGUCUCGCAGAUCGUUCAGCGCUGCAUGAAGGAUGCGCGUCGCAAAGCAGAGCAGAUGGCUCUGUACCUGGAGGAGAUGUCGCGCACCUAUGAUGACAUAAUGGUCUUCUACGGCGAAGAUCCCAAGGAUGACAAUGCCCGCCGCGAUUUCUUCGCCAAGCUCGCGCUCUUCCUUCAGGAAUGGAAGAAGAGCAGGGACAAGAAUAUACAAUACGAAGAGACGCGGCGCAAGAACGAAGCCAGCAUGAAACGCAAGCAUGCCCAGCUCAGGGUCGCAGGGGCUGUCGAGGGCGGGCCGCCGUCGCCGGCAUCUGCUGGCGCGAUGGACUCUCUCCUCGAAAAGUUGCGCGCGGCGGCACCCCAAACCAGGGAUCAGCGAGACCGAAGGCGGCGUGCGCGUCUCAAAGAUCGCCACCAAGUUCGUAUCGCUUCAGGCCAGAGAAUUCCAGAUCUCAGCGAGGUGUCCGAAGCCGAGGUCAAUAUACGUGUAGAGAACACUAACAGUGGUGCCGAUUCCGACGGCAACCUUCUCAGCCCCGAUUUUGUAUCGCCUACUAGCGAGACUCCUUCGGAAGCCGGAGAAGACGGCCUGGCUCAAAGAGCUGCUAUGCUGCUGCAGGACAUGAGAAACGGCGACACCGCCGAUGAAGAGGAUCCCGAGAAGCGUGACAGUUUACGAAAGUCGGCAGCGGAGGAGAGGAGAGCCAGACGUCGUCGGUUCAAGGCCGGUCCCGGUGCAGCCUCUGGUAGUACCAACGGCGACGAUGGAAGGAAGAGCCCUAUACCCGAGGAACCGUCAGCCGAAGCAGCCGCGGCACCGUGA